CAAGUUGGGGGAGGGGAUGGGAUGGUGUUGAACAUCUGUUCCAUUUCAGAGGCGCGCUUGCACAUGCUGAUGGGAGACUUACCUGUUGUUACUUUGCUAGCGUGCAGAAUCAGCAUCUGUCAACUGGGUGGCUUCAAUGUCUCGCGGCCCUGCAUGCGCUAGGUAUCUGUUUUUACUGCAUUAUCAGCCGGGGCAUAUUCGAAAGAUGGCGAAUUUCGAGAUCAACCAAGCUGCGUCAUGGACUCGAUGUUGCACGGAUCCCGAGCUGUUUCCGAAAUCCUAUCGCGAAUGAGAGCGGUCGGUAUCUGUCUUGUUUGCCUAUCAGCCCUCCGAUCUACGGAACUUGGUGGUGUCCACGGCCGGCUGGACGGCAGCGGCCGACAAAGGACCAGGGGCAUCUGGGCUGCUACCUUUGCCUUUUCCUCAAGCGCCUGCGGCGGCAUUGAUCACGGAUACCGAUGGACGAACCGACUGACAAAUGAGCCCCCCCUCCCCCAAUGCAAGAUCCGCUCAGCAGAAGGACGCAGAAGGACGCAGCUUGAGUGCGGUCUGCUCCGCGAAAGCGAUGUUCCAGGCGCGACGCACGUCGCAACUGCAAGCAAUACGGGCUUUACGGGAAGGCUAGCCAAUGGCGGGCAGCACCGAGCACAUGCGGGCAGGGAACGGCGCGACAGCAGAGAGAUGAGAUGGGAACACGUUCCGUUGCUGUACAGAAUGGUACUCGAAAAGGCAACUAGUCACCCUCUUCAUUUUGUCCGGCAUAUCAUCUGGCGAGUUGGGCGUCUGACUGCAUUGCAGCAUCGACAGUUGUUGCCCAACUCGAAAAGGGUUGCUGUCAAAAAAUCGACAACUUGAAAUUGGAGAAGCUGGCCAAUCACAACUAGAGCCUCAUCUUCAACCGUC